AUAGCCCACACCCAACCCAACGCCAAUGUGCUCGACAACAAUUUACCCAACACGCCAGAGAACCCGAUCAUGUUAGCGAGCCGGCCAACGUGAACGCAGAGACGGCUUGGUUUCCUGUUAGAGAUAGCGUAAAGAAUUAAAGAAUCAUUUUUCAUUAUUGUGUUUUCCCCUAAUGUGGGCUCCCUGCUAAUAGGGCUCCAUUUUACUGAGUAAAAACACCCAAUUCUGGGGAAGUCAAAGGGCACAUAUUCUCAAAAUUACAACAAAUUCAAUUCAAUCGAAUCAUUAUACAUACAAAUAGUAUGUAUAUGCGAAGCUUCUUCUUCUUCAUCUCCACCAUUAUCUGAUGGAAGAAGUCUCUUGUAACAACAAACAGAUGGCUGCACAUGAAAUAAGUGAGACUAAUCCUCAAGAAAGAGAAGAGGAAAAAGCAGAACUUGCGAAUGGAAUUGGGUAUUCUGAAGGAAAGAAAGAUUUUGUUGCACCUGCUGUAGGAAUGGAAUUCGAGUCAUAUGAUGAUGCCUAUAAUUAUUAUAAUUGUUAUGCUCUGGAGGCAGGUUUUCGGGUACGAGUAAAAAAUUCAUGGUUCAAACGGAAUAGCAGAGAAAAAUAUGGUGCAGUCCUCUGCUGUAAUAGCCAGGGUUUCAAAAGAAUAAAAGAUGUGAAUCGUCUACGAAAAGAAACAAGAACCGGUUGUCCUGCAAUGGUGAGAAUGAGAUUGACAGAUUCUAGAAGAUGGAGAAUUUUAGAAGUUACAGUCGAUCAUAACCACUUGCUUGGUGCAAAAGCUUGCAAGUCUAAUAAGAAAACGGCGCAGUCAGAUUCUGAGGCAGAAGGACGAACUGUUAAAAUAUAUAGGGCACUUGUAAUAGAUUCUGGGGUUAAUAAUGGAAAUUCAAAAUCAACUUGUCAAGAAUUGGGUUCUUUAUCGGAUAAUCAUCCCGAUCAGUUGAAAUUGAAGAAAGGCGAUUCACUAGCUAUUUAUAACUACAUCUGCCGUAUGCAGUUGACUAACCCUAACUUUUUUUACUUGAUGGAUCUUAACGAUGAUGGGCAUUUGAAAAAUAUGAUUUGGUUCGAUGCCAGGUGUAGGGCUGCUAUUGGCUACUUUAGUGAUGUUAUUUACUUCGACACUACAUAUUUGUCCAACAAAUUUGAGAUCCCGCUGGUGACAUUUGUUGGAAUGAAUCAUCAUUGUCAGUCUGUGUUACUUGGAUGCGGUUUGCUUUCAGGGGAAACACGAGAGUCGUACCUAUGGGUUUUUAAUGCCUGGCUGACUAGUACAUCAGGGCAGGUCCCACAGACCAUAAUUACAGACAGAUGCAAGAUUUUACAGAGUGUCGUUUCAGAGGUUUUCCCCAAAUCUCGCCAUCGCUUCAGUUUGUCUCGCAUCAUGAAGAAAGUUCCUGAGAAAUUAGGAGGGUUAAGAAACUAUGAUGCAAUCAGAAAGGUUCUGGCUAAAGCAGCUUACGAGACUUUAAAACCGUUUGAAUUUGAUAGUGUGUGGGCUUUUAUGGUUCAACAAUUUGGUAUUGGUGAACACGAGUGGCUUCGGUCCUUAUAUGAAGAUCGAGCCUGGUGGGCCCCAGUCUUUCUAAAAGAUACAUUUUUUGCAGGAAUGGCUGUUGUUUCGCCAUUCAGUGACACACUGCUAUCCAUAUUCGAUAAAUACAUCCAUAAACAAACCCCUUUAAAAGAAUUUCUCGACAAAUAUGAACUCGCCUUACAGAAGAAGCACAAAGAAGAAGCAGCUGCUGACAUGGAAUCAAGAGACUCAUCUCCGACACUUAAAACCAGAUGUUCAUUUGAGUUGCAAUUAUCAAAAGUUUACACAUAUGAAAUCUUUAAGAAAUUUCAAGUGGAAGUAGAGGAAAUGUAUUCUUGUUUCAGUACCAUGCAGGUGCAUGUUGACGGGCCGGUUAUAAUCUUUGUGGUGAAAGAACGUGUCUUAGCAGAGGGAAAUAGAAGGGAGAUAAAAGAUUAUGAAGUUAUGUAUAAUAGAGCAGCAGCAGAUGUGCGUUGUAUUUGCGGUUGUUUUAAUUUCAAUGGUUAUUUAUGCAGGCAUGCUUUAUGUGUGCUUAACUUUAACGGGGUGGAGGAUAUACCUUCAAAGUAUAUUUUGUCUAGAUGGAAGAAGGAUUAUAAGCGAUUAUACGCUCCAGUUUAUGACAGGUCAAACGUCGAUGGUACAAACACUGUUGAGUGGUAUAAUCAAUUAUACAGAAGCGCAUUGCAAGUUGUGGAAGAAGGUGUGAUCUCAAUGGAUCAUUACAAGGUUGCUUUGCAGUCAUUUGAAGAAUGUCUUAGUAGAGUUCACAAUAUUGAAGAUAAACAUGAAUAGAACAUAUAGGAUUUUGUUUUUCUUCUUUUGGUGGGUAUGUAAUUAUGUAAAUCACCUUUCCCAUUGCAUACUUCAUUAUUUAUUAUUAUUAUUAUUAUUAUUAUU